ACGUUUCUUACGGCAGCCUAAGGUCUGAGAAAUGAGCUCGGCUCCUUCUCUCUGAUGCACUCGAGCUAAGGGCCGUCCUGGUGGAUUUGCCCCUGACCCAGCGGAGCGUUUCCAGCCCCAGCCCCGCUCCACGGCCAACAUGCUGAUCAAAGAGUACCGCAUCCCCAUGCCCAUGAGCGUGGAGGAGUACCGCAUCGCUCAGCUCUACAUGAUUCAGAAAAAGAGUCGUGAAGAGAGCGAAGGCGAGGGCAGCGGGGUGGAGAUCCUAGAGAACCGACCCUACACGGACGGCCCAGGUGGCUCUGGUCAAUACACCCAUAAGGUGUACCACAUCGGCCAACACAUCCCAAGCUGGUUUCGCUCCAUCUUGCCAAAAGCCGCUCUUCGUGUGGAAGAGGAAUCCUGGAACGCCUACCCAUACACCCGCACACGCUACACGUGUCCUUUCGUCGAAAAGUUUUCCAUCGAUAUCGAGACGUACUACAAGCCGGACACGGGCUGCCAGAACGACGUCUUCAACAUGUCCUCGGCCGAAAAGCGCCAGCGGGAUAUAGAUCCCAUCGAUAUUGUGAAUGAAUUCAUUGCCCCUCAUGAGUACCUGGCUGAGGAAGACCCGAAGCUCUACAAGUCAUAUAAAACCCAGCGGGGACCCCUGUCUGACGACUGGAUCUCAGAAAUCAACAACAACCCAGGCAAAUUGCCCGUCAUGUGCGCUUACAAGUUGUGCAAAGUGGAGUUUCGAUACUGGGGCAUGCAGUCCAAGAUCGAGCGCUUCAUUCACGACGUGGGGCUGAGGAAGGUGAUGGUGCGCGCUCAUCGGCAGGCCUGGUGUUGGCAGGACGAGUGGUACGGUCUGACCAUGGAGGACAUUCGGCAGCUGGAGCUGGAGACGCAGCUGGCUCUGGCUCAGAAGAUGGCGCAGUACAGCUGCAACGAGGAGGGCGGCGAGAACAACGGCGCCGUCACCAGCCCAGAGAAAGAGCACGAAGCCAAGGAGGCCAUCAGCUCCAUCGAAGCCGAAGGGACGACGAGGACCAUGGGGGACACGCUGCAGGCGCGAGGAGAGCUGACCAAGCAGUGGUCCACCUCUUCCAGGUCCUCACGUUCCUCGAAGAGAGGGGGAAGUCCUUCACGUCACAGCAUUUCUGAGUGGCGCAUGCAGAGCAUCGCCAGAGAUUCGGAGGACAGCACAGACGACGAGUUCUUUGACGCUCAUGAGGACCUCUCUGACAACGAGGAGAUCUUUCCCAAGGAGAUCACCAAAUGGAACUCCAACGAUCUGAUGGAUAAAAUCGAGACGGCGGAGACAGAGGAAACCCAGGGUGACUAUCAAGAAUCGGGUGGAGACUUUUCUGGGACUGCCAACGUGGAGCGACUCAACGAGGACUGCUCCUCACAGCAGUGCUUACAGCCGUCCAAGAUCCACGUCCUCAUCCUGGUCCUGCACGGCGGCAACAUCCUGGAUACGGGCAGCGGGGACCAGAACAGCAAGCAGGGUGACGUCAACACCAUCAGCGGCGCGUUCGAUGCUGUGAUGCGGGUCCAUUACCCCGCUGCUUUGGGUCGCAUCGCCAUCCGCUUGGUCCCUUGUCCGGCCGUGUGUGUUGAGGCCUUCUCUCUGGUGUCAAAUUUGAGUCCCUACAGCUAUGACGAAGGCUGCCUCUCCAACAGUCAGGAUCACAUCCCUCUGGCCGCCCUGCCCCUAUUGGCCACCUCUGCACCACAGUACCAGGACGCCGUGGCAACGGUCAUAGUGCGAGCCAAUCAGGUCUAUGGUGACUUCAUCAAAUCCCUGGAGGGAGCCACUUUCACUGGACAGGUGUGUCUGAUUGGUGACUGUGUGGGAGGCAUUCUGGGAUUUGAUGCUCUCUGCAGCAGCAACAUCACCGUGUCAGAGAGUCAAAACAGCAGCCGACGUGGCAGCAUUGUCAGUGUGCAGGACAAUGACCUGCUGUCACCAGGGAUCAUUAUAAACAGCUCUCACUGCACAGGCUCGGGCUCGGGCUCGGGCUCGGGCUCGGGUUCGGGUUCGGGCUCGGGUUUGUCUCUGGAGGGCAGUCGGCACCUCAGCCGCAGUAAUAUAGACAUUCCACGCUCCAGCGGUCCGGACGACCCCAAAAAACAGCUGCCCCGCAAACGCAGCGACUCCUCCACCUACGAGCUCGACACCAUCAAACAGCAUCAGGCCUUCCUGACCAGUCUACACUCCAGCGUUUUAAGGAACGAUCCGGGUUCGCGUCGGUCCAGCAGCAGUACCAUGCUGGAGGGAGGAGGCGCUUUGGGAAAGUUUGACUUCGAAGUAUCCGAUUUCUUCCUCUUCGGAUCUCCGCUCGGCCUGGUCCUCGCUCUGAGGAAGACCGUCGUCCCUUCUUUGGAUGUGGCUCAUCUUCGUCCGGCGUGCCAGCAGGUUUACAACCUGUUCCACCCGGCGGAUCCCUCCGCUUCGCGUCUGGAGCCCCUGCUGGAAAAGCGCUUCCACCUGAUGCCUCCAUUUAGCGUGCCGCGAUACCAGCGUUUCCCGCUGGGUGAUGGCCAGUCGGCGCUGCUGGUGGAAACCAUCCAGAGUAACCCUCACCUCCUGUUGGAGAGUGUGAGCUGUGCCGCCCAGCGCUGUCAGGAUGGCAUCAGCGAGACUUCCAUUCCCGUCCCUGUGCUCAACUGGCAAGCCAUGCCGGCCCCCGCCGAGUCGGACGCGAUGCAGUCUCACAGCAUCAUGUUUGCGGAUCACUCCAAUCCUUCGUCUCCGGCAUCCAUUCCUGCCUUCCGUGGGGCGCGCAGAGCCAGCGAGACCAGCAUCGCCAGCCAGGUGUCGGGGUUAGCGGACAGUUACACCGCCUCCAACAUCGCCAACAUAGCGCAAGCAUGCCAACUUAGCCUCUCCAAAAAGCUCAGUCUUUUGUCCCAAUUGGCCCUUCCCUAUAAUAAAAGCGGUUCCCGAAGCCCUUCCCCCAAAUCCAGCAAAGCGCAAAAUAAGCCGCAGAUAGAAAGGCAGGAUUCCAGCUGUUUGGAUGAUUCAGAGCAGAGCGUCUCUCUAGGCUUUGAGCCCUCACCCUCGCUCGCCUCAGACCCGCCAUCACCAUGUGUCCCGCUGGACAUCGAGCAAGUCGCUGCACGCUGGUGGGGCACGAAGCGCAUUGAUUUCGCCCUCUAUUGUCCUGAUGCUUUGACUGCGUUCCCCACCGUGGCUCUACCUCACCUCUUUCACGCCUCCUACUGGGAAUCCACGGACGUUGUGUCUUUCCUGCUCCGACAGGUAAUGAGGCAUGAGAACUCCAGCAUUUUGGAGCUCGAUGGGAAGGAGGUGUCAGAAUUCACUCCGUCCAAACCGCGGGAGAAGUGGAUAAGGAAGAGGACCCACGUGAAGAUCAGGAACGUUACGGCAAACCACCGUGUGAACGAUGCCGUAUUUACGGAGGACGGCAAUCAGGUGGUCACGGGACGCUUCAUGUACGGCCCGCUGGACAUGGUCACGCUGACAGGAGAGAAGGUGGACAUCCACAUCAUGACCCAGCCUCCGUCCGGUGAGUGGGUGUACUUCAGCACAGAACUGACCAAUAGCAGCGGCCGGGUUUUCUACACCAUUCCCGAGAGCAAGCGGCUGAGCAUCGGCGUGUAUCCGGUCAAAAUGGUGGUCAGGGGCGACCACACAUCUGCUGACAGUUACCUGACUGUGCUGCCGCGCGGGACCGAGUUUGUCGUGUUUAGCAUCGACGGCUCUUUUGCUGCUAGCGUGUCCAUCAUGGGCAGCGACCCUAAAGUGCGAGCAGGAGCGGUUGAUGUGGUCAGGCACUGGCAGGAUCUGGGUUACCUGAUCGUGUACGUGACGGGGCGUCCAGACAUGCAGAAGCAGCGUGUGGUGGCUUGGCUUUCACAGCACAACUUCCCUCACGGGAUCGUGUCCUUCUGUGACGGGCUCGUACACGACCCCCUCCGACACAAAGCCAACUUCCUCAAGUCUCUCAUCACAGAGGCACACAUGAAGAUCUUUGCUGCCUACGGCUCCACUAAGGACAUCUCUGUGUACACGUCACUGGGUCUGCCGCCAUCGCAGAUCUACAUCGUAGGGAGACCAACGAAGAAAAUGCAACACCAGUGUCAGUUCAUUGCCGACGGCUACGCGUCCCACCUGUCCCAGCUGGAGUACAAUCAGCGAUCGAGACCCGCCAAAACCGGCAGCACUCGCAUGGUCCUGCGUAAAGGCAGCUUCGGGCUUGGCGGCAGCGGGGAUUUCCUGCGGAAGCGCAAUCACCUGCUGCGCACCAUUUCCUCGCAACCCACGUCCUCCACACCGCCCGUGCAAAUAGGACGUCCCGAACGCGCGCAGAGCCAAUCAGAAUGCGACCGCGAGCGGGCCGAACGUGCCCAGAGGAGCAUGAGCAUUGCCGCCGGCUGCUGGGGCCGACCCAGCAAACUCGAGGGCGGAGCCCUGAGCCCGAAAUAGGCUCCACCCACCGGGUCCAAAAUUCCGGAGGCACGUCAAUCUGGAGGCUGCAGUAUCGGACACGACGAAAUCUCACAGUAUUACAACAAACUCUGUGAGGAAACCUCACGGCAUUGCAUGGGAAUUGUUUUUCGUCAUGUUUUCUUUUCGUUUUGAAUCCGGCAGCCAAACACUUUCCAGAAAUCUAGCGCCUUAAGCAUCGCUCUGGGUCGCGGCCCUCGCCUCUGACUUGAUUGAAUGUACUGUCGGGACUGAAAAACGGAUCGCUCGGGUGGGUACGGACUUCUCCCGCUUCUCCUAUCAUUCCCCUUCCGGUGUCCCCACACAUGUAAAUACGUGCCUCCUCUUACCUGCUCAGGGCAGCCAUGAACUCGAGGAGCUGCUAAGACCCAGAGGCCAUUUCACAUCGGUUUCCGUCGGGCCGGCCCGUCCCGUCCCGGCAGCCUCUCCAAAUCUGAUCCCAGCAGCAUUUGGCAAUAAGGAUCAAAUCCCGUCACACUCCGUCUGCAGGCCUUAACUUCGCAUUCAAAGCACGAACGAACUCUCAAAGGAACAACUAUCCCUUUACAAGGCCAUCUGCUCGCAAUACCUCCGGCAUGGGCUGCCGGGUCACGUUUCUUUCGUUCUCGCCGUUUCGUUCACUUCUGAGCCACCGAACGCGAUCGUAAGCACACGUAAGCCACAUCCGCUGAAGUGAAACUUUUUUUCUGCUGCUGCUGUAUUUGCAUGUCGGACAGUUUUUCCAAGGUUUCGGCUUAAUCAUUUCCUCUCGAAAUCCUUUGCACUCGUUUCCGCCGACGGCCAAAACGAUUCAUUUCGAAAGCUGUAGUUCUGCAACUGCAUAACCUCAUUGUUUUUUUGCACUAGUGGAAUAGUGGAGGUCCUUGUUACCAUCUCAUGUCGCUACAUAACGUUGGCGUGUAGUACAUGACCCUUUUAUUUAUGGCAGGGUAUUUAUAUAUAGGAAACGGCGACAAAACGCAAGCAAAGUGCCAAACCAGGCAGAUCAUAGGAACUCGAAUACUUUUCCGAUGCAUUGUAGCAACAUCCCCCAAGCGUUUCGAUGGCACAUGUAUAAUGUUUUUAAAAUUUUAGAUCAUUUUAGAUCAACUUCAGUCCUUUAAAACGUUCAGUUAUCUAUGAUAUUGUCCAUAUGUUCAUAUGUAAGUGAUUGAGGUAUAUAGAAAUUGUGCUUUUAAUUUUCGCGAUUUUAGAUGGGACGGCAUGAAACCGCGGUUUGUUUCUGUAUCACAAACACACUGGAAUAGCCAUGCUGCAUGUGCGGUCUCGAACCGGGAGGCUUCGAACGCAAGCCGGGAUGUUCUGAAUGGGACUUCAAACAGUGUAGAUACUGUAAAGAUGUAAAUUUCACUAUAUAGGAUAUGUUACAGUCAGAAUUUAUUUAUUUCUGUAGCUUCAUAAGAUGGAUAUUUCAGGUUUCCAUGUGUUGCUUUAUUCUUUCGUCCAACAGUUCUGAAUGCUUCUUUUAACGGACCAAUGACGUGUCUCCUUGUGCAUAAUCGUUGACAGUGUUUCCGUAGCAAAACUCUAGACGACGACGACGCCACCGCCACCGCACGGACAAUCAGUUCAGCAAGGAGCACGUGUACAACAACAACAACGCUCUCUUAUUCUGGAGACCUCACGCUCUGGAAACCGAUUUGUCGCUUUGAAAUUUCCACGUAAUGUGAAUCGGAAUUGUGAAUGUGGUUCUGUGAGAAAUUCGAGAAACUCGGUGCUGCACAAUGGCAUUCGGACUGGUGUUACUAGUCUUCACAGGUAAAGUUUUAACGCGUCUAGUUUGGUACUAGACAUCAGGGUUCUCAAUUGAAUAUGCUGAAAGGUUUGUGAACUUGAUAUAUCUACUGUAGGUCAUCUUGGCUGUUGGUUUAUGAUUUGAAUGUUAACCACUGAACAAAUUCUCAGUCUGGAAAUGGCAUAUUUCCGUUACGUUAUUCCAAACACACACUCUCCUACUUCUUCUACCUGUUUUCAAGCUACUUUCCACCAAUGUUGGGCAAGCUGAUGCGCUCCGUUGAGUUUUAUUUCCAAACUGUAGAUGCAUCGCAGGGAAUCGUACCACGACAUCAACAUUCGUGCCACAGUUUUUACACAGCAAGCAUCUGGCGUGCGAGUAUUAUAUCCUCAGAUAAAGCAGAUUAUAGCCACUUUUGUACUUUGCAUGUCACAGAAGAGCUUUCGUACACUUUCCUGUACUCUUCAAUAAUGGGCCACACUACAACCCUCCGAUUUAUAGUUAUUCCGAAUAUGCCGUUGUCUAUAUAAGAUCAUCAUAUCAAUUGUUACUACCAAAUAUUUAAAAGAUCCUAGCGUUAAUCCCAAAUCCAGUCGUAUUUUUUUAAAAACUGACAUAUAUUAAAAGACGUAUAAAUACUGGCAAAAUGUUGACAUCUGCAGUAUUUUUGGAGGUAUGUGAAUGGAUUAGCGUGCACAGAUGUGUUUCAUAACACAAGCUCGUUGGAUGAAAUUAUGGCGAAGUAUCUUGAAAAUAUCCUGUUUUGUGCCCAUCUUGUUUGUUGCCAAAACUUUCAGAUUGCUGUACAAAUCAUUUCAAACGAAUCACUUUCCCAGCUACUUUUCGAUGAUGAAUGGAGACGUACUGCAGGCUCAUUUUACACUCCUGUUGACGUACUGAUCUGGGCUGACUCGCUCCUUUACAGUUUUCUUACCAGGUCGGUGGUUCAGUGCUCUCAUAUGUAUAACUGUAUGUACUGUGGAUUAAAUACAGUUGGACAACUGUGCAA